GCCGCCGCCGCCGCCGCCGCAAUUCCAUCGUUCGGCCGUGGCCCGAGAUAAUGUCAUCGUUAUCGCGUGGUGAUGCAUUGCCGCACUGUCUAGUCCAACCUGGGUUCCCGGCGCCCGUCCGCUCGUUGUCGAACGUUAAACUAUUAUAAAUUGUUGCGAUUUGCUAUGACAUCCGUCGUUUAACGUUCGUGAUCAUCUGUACCGAGACAAAAACACCACCAAAGUCCGUUGAUGACGACAACGCCCGAUCUUUCUACCUGCGUAUUUUGCGUGUUUUCUUCGCCGCGCACGGUCCGACGUCCGCCGCCGUAGCCACCAGCUCCGUUUUCCGUCCGCGCCCUUGUUUUUGUUUGACGUAGAUCGAUAGAACGGUCUUCUCGAGCUCCCCGUCAAAACGAUUCGGUACAAUUGUUCGCGUCGUGUUUUGCGUUUUCUUUUGUUUUCUAUUUUGUUUUCUUAUCACGACCCUCGUUUUUCUGUGUUUGCUCCUAUUCCUCAUACCGUCGUAAACGUCAAAUGAUUUUUACUUCGUAGUUCGUACAGCCCGUCAUUGUUUUUACUAUUAUUAUUGUUCCAUAAUUGGCUCACUGACGGCCGAACAUUACUUUUACAAUGGAGAGUGCUGCUGUAACCACGAAAGGAGAAGACACUGCCCCCGUUGUCGCCGACGUUGCUGCCGACAACACCACUACAACUACCGAUGUGUCAAAUCCGACAACAGUGACUAAUGAAAUUGUUCCACCCAUUAAAUCAGACAAGGAAACGAUUGCGGCGACCAAUGAUGUUGAACAUGAGGCAGCGGUCAGUGACGUAGCUGAUGUGUCAAAAGAAACUGUGAUUACUACCGUUAAUGCCACAAGUAUCAAUCUCAAAGUUGAAGAAGAUCAGUUAAAUACAGCCAUGGCGUCUACAACAAUAUCGACUAACGAGGUUGAUGAGAUUAAACAGAAACAAGAUGAAACGGUUUUGGACGAACAACAGAAACCUGUGACAAGUAUAGUUGAAAAAGAAAUCGUAAUCAAUGAAAACCCUAAUUCAAAUCUAGAUAUCUCUCUAACAAAAUCGGAAUAUGAUGAAAUAGUUGACUCAACAAUUGAUAGUGGUGGAUUUGAAGAUGCUGUUGAGUAUAUUGUCGAUGAUGAAGAAAAUAGUGUUGUAAAAAAACAGCCCCAAGAUGUAAUUCAACAGGAAAAUGCUCCGGAUAAUGAGAGCUGUCCACAACAAGAAGUAGAGGAAGGUGAUGGCGAAGAUGACUCAAGUGAAGAAAAUAAAGAUCCUUUAACGCCUGCAGAACCUGUAGUACCUGUGCCUGUCGAUGACGACACUAAUGAUCCUCAAUACAUACCUAGACGUGGAAAAUUCUAUGAACAUGAUGACCGUAUGGCUUACAGUACAACAAGUUCUGAAGGAUCAGAAUCAGAUGAUGGAUACGAAGAAGAUUCAGGAGAUGAUGAUGGAGUUGUUUCUGAUCGUCGCCGCAUUAGAAGAAGACAUACAGGCAUUAAAAAACCAAAAUCAGUGACUGAAGUUGAUACCGCAGAAAACACUGCUUUAGCAGCUGGGGAUGGAACAUCAUCUACUAAAAAAGUUUUAGCCAUAUCUAAGGUUGCUGCUGCAGCAAAAGAUUCUGAAACUUCUGUAACUACUGAUGGAUUGGCAAAAAAACCUAGUGUAGGUUCUAGAAAAUCUCGUGAUUUAGAUUCUUUGGAUAGGUGGACACAUGAUUUAUAUGAUGAAAAUGAGCAAACACGUAAAAGCCGUGAUGAGUUACUAGCCUCAUAUGGAUAUGACAUAAGGGAGGAAUCAGAAGCACCUCGAGCUCGGCGUCACCAUAAAUAUGGACGAGCUGCCACUUCCAAAUACACUCGUAAUUGGCAGGAUACAAAAGCUUACACUGCUACUGGUAGUGGACAGCAGUCUAUGAAAGUAAAGCGUGGAGGUAUGGCUCGACGUAGUAUUGGUGGUCCAAAUAAGAAUACAAAAAAAUCUACAAAUAAUGAUUAUACCUCUGAAUUCCCUGCGUUGGAUAAUUCAAAGAAAUCGGAGCCUAAUUCUUCAACUAUGUCUCCUGCAGUUGUAGAAGUCUCAGACCAGAAUCAUGAACAACAACCAAAAACUCCUUCUGUUCAGAAUGAAGAAAAAAAGACUACUGUUGCAGCUGUAGAAACUGGCCAGGCUCGGCAUCACACUUCGUCACCCCGAACAUCAAAAUAUAAUACAACUUCCCCUGCAAAUCGAAAUAAUCGUCAGGAUCAGCAAAAUGGUGGGCCUUCUUCAUCUUCAUCAAUUAAUAGUAGAAAUUAUUUCAAUCGAUCUUCAACUGAGUCUCCAAUUAACAAAGAAAAAAGUGCUCAAGUAAAUCGAGACUCUCCUUCUAUGGCACCUAAUAACUAUUUUUCGCGAAAAUCACAACAAAACAGUAAUAGUCAUAAUCAACAUCAAAAUUUUAAGCAGCAACACUUUAACAAUGGUCAAGGUAGUCAAGGACAUAACCAGCAACACCAACAUUCUUCGCCUUUAGCAUCUCGAGGCCGUAAUUUCCAUCAACAUAAUACUUCGCAUCAAUAUAAUCGUGAUAGGUAUUUUUCUAAGGGUUCUGUACCUCCAUCUUCAUCCAGUCCAAAUCAACACAACUACGAUCAGCAACAUCAAUCUAUAGCACCUACAACUGCUGGCACAGGACGUACACAACAUGGCGGUGGACAUUAUCAACACUACAAUAAUCGUCAAUAUGAAAAUGAAAAUCAACAAAUUGAGCCACCUGCAGCACCAACACCGGUUGUACGUAGUUCCAAACGCUACUCAGUUCAAAGUCGCAGGGAGCUUCCUGACCCAGUACUAAACUUUGGCGGAAUGUCUAAAACACCUCAGCCACAGCCUCCACCUUCUCAGCAACAAAACGGUUUAGUGAUGCAAGACCAACAAAUUCAACCUCAACAACAAAUGCAACCUGCGCCUCAACAAUUACAACAGCAACCACCGAUCCAAAUCCAUCAACAACCACCACCAAUGCAAAUACAACAGUACCACCAACCCUUACAACCAAUGCAUCAUGGCAUGGUGCUUGAUCACAAUACUGGUAUGAUGGUUAUGGCUGCUGCUGAUCCAUCCAUGUACCAUCAUCAAAUUUAUGCUACGCCCCAGUAUGCAACUGGAGUUGCACCAGGUCCAGCAGCUGGUAGUGCUGAUGAUCAAAAUGCAGCAGCAGCUGCUGCUGCAGCUGCUCUUCAGAUGCUUGCAGCUCAAGCAGCUGUUUAUCAACCAGUACCAACAGGGGCAACAGGUGUAACAUCGCCACCACCUGGAACACAAUCUUUGCAACAACCAGAAACCUUCAUGACUACUUACUAUCAACCACAGCAACAGCCACAACAACAACCUCCCCCAAGACGCGUCAAUCUGGCUAUACCCAUUGUGGCACCGCCUCCAGAACCUAAUCAACAGCAAGGGAAUUCAAAAACCAAUUUAUCUACUACACCGCCACCUACUACAGCUUCAACUAACUAGAUUGAUUAUAACCAAUUAUAAUUUAACAAUUACUACACAAUAUUGAAACUUUUAUGUUUUUGAAGUUUCUUAGUUUUAUAUAAGACAUAUUUGGUCAAUACUUAAUACCAUUAUUUUAGAUAAUGGUAUUAACUGAUUCUGUGUUUAGUUUUGUUUUUAAUUAUCUUUUAAUAUUAUUCAAUUAUCAUUAUUUUAUAUUUCGUUCAAGAAACGAAUCAAAUUAUUAUUUUUUUUUUUAUGAUGCAUGACCAUAGUACUAUACCGUAUUAAAUACUUUGGUAUUUAAUUCAUCUUAAUUUUAUAAUUGUAUUUUUUAUUAAUACUAUAAUCGUCUCAUUAUCAACAAUAAAUUAAAAUACCGAUAAACUAUUCAAGCUUAUAAUUUUUGUUUUGAUAACAUAAUUGUAUUUUUAAAAAAAUAAAACUAAUUACUACAUUAUUACAAA